CUCCCUCCCUCGCCAUGGCCAGCAGCGAGCUGACGGAGCUGGAGACGGCCCUGCACAAAAUAAUCCAGGUCUUCUUCGACUAUGCGGCUCAGGAGGGGAACAAGGCCACCCUCACCCCCGGGGAGUUUAAGGAGCUGGUGGCCCUGCAGCUCCCCAACCUCAUGAAGAACGUGGGGGACCUGGACGAGAAGAUGAGAACUCUGGACGUGAACAACGACAAGGAGCUGAAAUUCGGCGAAUACUGGCGGCUGAUUGGGGAGCUGGCCAAGGAGCUCAAGAGAGAGAAAGUGGGGAAGAAGAAGUAGUAGAUGGGAUGGUGGGUGUGGACUGUGUGUCAAGGGUGGGGAUUUCGGGAGAAACGGCGGGGCCAGGAAACGGCACCACCAGGAAGACCUUGAGAGUCACAAACCCUCUUGUAGCUUUCUAAAGUUCAAAUAAACCUUUGCAUUCCAGA